AUGUCUGACUCAGCUGCCGCCACAAUUCCACCACCAAUUCAACAAGCACAACCAACUGUUCGUCGCGGUUUGGUUAAGCAAGUAAGUCGAAUUUAUUUUAAAAUUUUAAGUUUUUUGUUGCAACUAUAGUUUUUCAUGUUUUUUGGGCAAGUGAUUUGAAAUAUUGGGUUUUAAUUUUAUUGAUAUGAUAGAAUGGUCUAAGACGAACAGAAUUAUAUAAAUUUUGCUUAAAAAAACAUGAAAAUGUCAUUUAGUCGAUGUUCACGUUUUCGUUUCUAACGGUAUUUAUUGUUUUCAGGUUUUAUCUGGUGACGCAGUUGUACUCCAAGGACAAGCCACAAACGGACCACCACCAGAGUCAACUGUUUAUUUGAGCAAUGUCAGCGCUCCACGCCUCGGUAAACGACCAACUGACAACACUUCUGCCACUCCCGAUGAGCCAUACGCCUGGGAAUCUCGUGAAUUCCUUAGAAAGAAAUUAGUUGGACAAGUUGUGACCUUUGUUAAGGAUUUCACAGCUUCUUCUGGGCGUGAUCAUGGUCGAGUGUACAUUGGAGGAACAAGUGAGAUAUUUUCUGAGAUAGAUUAAUGAACUAAAUAUUUGUAUUUAGAUCCAACUGACGCUGAAAAUGUUGCCGAAUCAGCUGUGUCUGCUGGACUUCUUGAAGUGAGACAAGGAAAAAUUGCCGAGUAAGAAUUUUUUGAACGAAACUAGUUUAUUCCUAUUUGAUUUUUUUAGUGAAUACACACAAAAAUUGCUUGAUUUGCAAGAGCAGGCAAAAUCAUCUGGUCUUGGAAAAUGGAGCUCCUCCCCAGCUACAGUUCGUGAAGUUCGAUGGGUUAUUGAGAAUCCACGUGAAUUGGUCGACAAAUACAGACAAAAACCAGUUGAUGCUGUUGUUGAAAUGGUUCGUGAUGGUUCAACAUUCCGUGCGAUUCUUUUGCCAAACUUUGAAUACAUCACUCUUCAACUCUCUGGAGUUCGCGCACCAGCCACAAGAUCUGGAGCCGAUGGAAAAGUUGAGGCAUUCUCAGAAGAAGCGAAAUUUUUCGCCGAGUCUCGAGUACUUCAAAGAGAUAUUCAAAUCAUUUUGGAAUCUGUUUCAAAUCAAAAUUUCGUCGGAUCAGUUCUCCAUCCAAAAGGAAACAUCGCCGAAUCACUUGUUCGUGAAGGAUAUGCGAAAUGUGUUGAUUGGAGCAUUGGAUUGUGUUCCGGAGGAUCUGAGCCACUUCGUGCCGCCGAAAGACAAGCAAAAGAGAAGAAGCUCAGAUUGUGGAGAUCUUAUCAACCAAGUACCAGUGGAUUGAGUGCAGACAAGAAAUCUUUCACCGCUAAAGUUGUUGAAGUUGUUCUCUCUGACGCUGUUGUACUCCACAAAGAAGAUGGCUCAGAGCUCAAGGUUCAUUUGUCAUCAGUCAGAUUGCCAAGAGAAACCGGCGAAGAUAAACCAUCUGUUGGAAGACAAUUCAGACCAUUGUAUGAUAUUCCAUACAUGUUCCAAGCUCGUGAAUUCCUCCGCAAACGACUUAUCGGAAAGAAGGUUCAAGUGCAAAUUGAUUAUAUCCAACCAAAAUCGGAAAACUUCCCAGAAAAAACUUGUGCCACAAUCAAAGUCGGUGAUGUUAACAUUGCUGAAGCCUUGAUUACCCGUGGAUUGAGCAAAGUUGUUCGUCAUCGUAAUGAUGAUGAAAACCGAUCAUCGGAAUACGAUGCUUUGUUGGCUGCUGAAGCAAAUGCCGAAAAAGCCAAGAAAGGAUUGUUCUCUGAGAAAUCAGCUGACAAGAAUGACACGUUGAGAAUUCAAGAAAUUGCCGGAGACAUCGCCAAAUCCAAACAAUUCCUUCCAUAUUUGCAAAGAGGUGGACGUGCUGAAGGUGUCGUCGAAUUCAUUGCCAGCGGAUCGCGGCUUCGUAUCUACAUUCCAAAAGAAACCGUUUUGAUUACAUUCCUUCUCGGUGGAAUCAAUUGUCCAAAGAAUGCUCGUGUUGGACCAGGAGGUGUUCUCAAUGGUCAAGAUGAGCCAUUUGCAAAUGAGGCUUUCGCCUUCACUCGUAAACUUUUGUUGCAACACGAAGUUCAGCUUGAAGUUGAAAGUUUGGACAAAUCUGGAAACUUUGUUGGAUAUGUCUUUGUUUCGGUUGAUGGACACAAGCCAACCAAUUUGAGUGAAUUGCUUUUGGAACAAGGUCUUGCUACUCUUCAUUUCACCGCUGAACGAAGUGGACAUUACACCGCUCUUCAAUCAGCUGAAAAUCGCGCUAAAAAGGCCAAGUGAGUUUUUUUGCAUUGAUUUACGAAAAAAAACGUUUUUUUACGUUAAAAAACCAAAAAAGUGAUUCAGGAACGGUAUUUUUAUUCAUUUUUUCACCAUUUUCUCAACACUUUGAAUAAAGUGAAGCUAAAACGCAUUUUAGUGUCAAAAAAUGCUAUUUCAAGACCUUCUAAUCAGCCUAAAAGCCGAACCAAGCCUCACAUAUCCCAAAAAAUGAAAUUGGUGAUUUUGAAGGCUUGACUUGUCUUUUAGGCUGAUUAGAAGGUCUUGAAAUAGCAUUUUUGGACACUAAAAUGCGUUUUAGCUUCACUUUAUUCAGUGUGUUGAGAAAAUAAAAUGAAUAAAAAUACCGUUCGUGAAUCACUUUUUGGUUUUUUAACGUUAAAAAAACGUUUUUUUUAUUCCGAGAAUCACUUAAUUACAUGUUUUAUCUAAUUUUUUCCAGGAAAAACAUCUGGGCCAAUUACACUGAAGCUGAAGUUCGAGACGAAGUUGAAGUACAAAAGAGUGAUACCACUGAAAGAAAAACCAACUACCGUCGAGUUGCAGUCACUGAUGUUUCUCGCUCUGCUCUUCGCUUCUCCGCUCAAAACAUUGAGGAUGGAGCGAAACUCGAGAAAAUGACGGCCGAGUUGAGACAAGUGUUGGCCGAGAAUCCACCACUCACCGGAGCCUACACUGCGAAGCGAGGAGAAUUGGUUGCCGCCAAAUUCUCGGCUGACAAUCAAUGGUACAGAGCAAAGGUUGAGAGCAUCAGAGCUGGACAAGCUGAACUUUUGUUUAUUGAUUAUGGAAAUGUUGGUUUAUUUAUCAUUAUUUAUCAAAAAUAAAAUAAAAUGCUCUUUUUUCAGCGCGAAACUGUUCAAGCAACCACUUUGGCUCAACUUCCAGCUGGAUUCUCAGCUCUUCCAGCCGGAGCUCGUGAAUAUCAAUUGGCUUUGGCUCAACUUCCAACCGAAGACUACAUUCCAUUGGCUAUUGCUGAAUUUGAAAACUUGUUGUUCUCUGUUCCAUCGGUUGAAAUCAAUGUUGAAUACAAGAAUGGAAGUGCUGAAUAUGUUCAAGUGAGUUUGCUUUCCAGCGAUUUUCAUUGACAUUUUUCGAACCAUUACUGAUUUCCAGGCUCUCAUCGAGUUCAACGGAAAGAAAUUGGAUGUUGCUCGAACAUUGAUUGAAGAUGGAUUCGCGUUGGCCGAACCACGUCGUGAGCAUCGUCUUCAAUCACUUGUCGCUGAUUACAAGAAGGCUGAACAAGAGGCUCGGCGUGGACGCAAAAAUAUUUGGGAGUUUGGAGAUUUCACUGGAAACGAGGUCUAA